AUGAAACCUGCAUAUGAUAUUCUCCAGCUCCUGUGGGCCUGUGCCGUGCUCCUGCCUUACCCCCAUCAGCAUCCCCUCUACAGCAGGACCCUGUGUGCACUGCCCGCCACUUGGGGCCUAUGGCUGAGGAAGCCAGGCCAGACCCCAGGCCUCUGUAAGAAGGGGCUGCUCCCUUGGGAGGUCUCAAGACACCUGCACCAGGGGACAGGGCUGCCAGCCGUGCACUGCCCUGGGACGCAGCCACACUCACCUUCCUCCAGGUCAUUUCGGGCAGCAGCUUCCAGAAGGGUGACACUGGGAGGGAAGAGGACCCGCUUCCGCGGCACGCCACCCGCUACCUCCUUCCGUGGCCUCUCCCUGUGGCUCUUCUCAGCCUGGGCCCACAUCUUCACCUGCUGGGCGCGUCGCUUCUGGGCAUGCUUCAGCCGCUCCUGUGUGCUCAUCCGGCCCACUACAGGCAUCUCUGCCAGCAGCUCUAGGUGCUCAGCCAUGGUGGGGGCUGCCUACCAGGGGGGCUGCCCGGGACACCAGGUGCCCACCAGGAGUCCCAAUUUUCACUCGGCCAGGCCCUGUGACCAUCUAGAUACAGACCCAGACCUGCACUUGGACGUCUCAGGAGGAGGAUCCCCCAAGGGCCAAGGCUCCCCAGCAGAGUGGGCUCCUAGAGUCUCAGGGACUGGCUUCACCUCCCCGGAUGGGUGCCGACUGCACAGCCACAACUGAUCUUCC